GUAAUCUAAUUGCGUUGUUAAUAUCUUUCUGUAAUAAAUUCAAGUGCUGAAAAAUUAGACGUUUUCCGUUGGAAUGGACAGAUUGAACAUCUUUUCGAAAAAAGUACAUUGUCAAGAGGGAGUAGGAUUCUUGAAAAGGGCAAAUGAAAUUCAACUGCAAAGUAUCUUCAACAAAUACGCUUCAAUCGACAAAAAUGGGGAAAAAUUCAUGACAGCUGAGGAUUUCGUCAUCAAUUUCCUCAAACUUCUCGACGAUCAAAAUUACAAUGCCGAUACAGCGAGGCUUUUGGCGGCCAUCGUUGACACGAGCAAAGAUGGCCUCAUUUCCUACCCGGAGUUCCAGGCGUUUGAAGGGCUGCUAUGUUUUCCAGACGCCCUGUACAAGACUGCCUUCCAGCUAUUCGAUACUAAUGGAAAUGGAAUGGUUAGUUUUCAGGAGUUCGUUGAGGUGAUGAAAAAGACGGAACUGCAUCGAAAAAUACCGUUCAACAUGGACUCCCCCUUCAUCCAAUUGUACUUUGGGAAGGACAAAAGUCGUCUGGUCACCUACAACGAGUUCAGUCAGUUUUUGCACGAUUUCCAUGAAGAGUAUGCCAUUGAAGGUUUUAGAAGGGCAGAUAAAAAUGGCACAGGUUUUAUAUCGAUUUUGGAUUUUCAGGAAAUCAUGGUUAGCAUCAAGAGUCACUUGCUUACCAAGCAGGUUCAGUCACACCUUAUCGAGGCAGCUCACAAAUCCCACGGCGGCAGCAGGGUCAGCUUCCCCUUCUUCAUCGCCUUCAAUUCCCUCCUCAACAAUAUGGAGCUGGUGAAGCGCAUCUACCUCAACGUCACCAACGGUCAUAGGACGCAAGAAGUGAGCAAAGAGGAGUUUAUGCACUCUGCUCAAGCGAUGUCGCAGAUGACGCCGCUGGAAGUGGAGAUUCUCUUCCAUUUGUGCGACGUGUUGCAUCAGACAGGGAGAAUAGUAUACAAUGAUCUGUAUGCAAUAGCACCUGAGCAAUAUUUCAAACAGAUUACAAAUAGGUUAGCUGAAAUCCACGCUGUUUCUAGUCCUGAAGAUCGGGGGGUGGUUAUUCAGAUAUUAGAAAGUACCUACAGGUUUUCUUUGGGUGCUAUAGCUGGUGCUGUCGGUGCUACAGCGGUUUACCCCAUAGAUUUAGUGAAGACGCGUAUGCAAAAUCAGCGAGCUGGAUCUUUCAUUGGUGAAUUGAUGUACAGAAACAGUUUCGAUUGUUUCAAAAAAGUUGUGAGACAUGAAGGAGUGUUCGGAUUGUACAGAGGCCUCGUGCCACAGCUACUGGGUGUCGCACCAGAAAAGGCCAUCAAAUUGACGAUGAAUGACUUGGUAAGGGACAAACUAAUGGACAAGAAUGGAAAUAUACCCUUUUAUGGAGAAGUUAUUGCAGGAAUGUGUGCAGGAGCCUCCCAGGUGGUGUUCACCAACCCUCUGGAGAUCGUCAAGAUCAGGUUGCAGGUGGCUGGAGAGAUCGCUGGGGGCGCCAAGGUCCGAGCUUGGUCGGUGGUGAAGGAUCUCGGCUUCCUGGGGCUGUACAAGGGCUCGCGCGCCUGCUUCCUCAGGGAUGUGCCCUUCAGCGGCAUUUACUUCCCCGUCUACGCUCACACGAAGGCAAAGUUUGCUGACGAGAACGGCUACAACACGCCGUUGUCUCUGCUAGCUGCCGGUAUGAUUGCGGGUAUGCCGGCGGCUGCGCUCUGCACCCCUGCUGACGUCAUAAAAACCAGGUUACAAGUCGUCGCCAGAGCCGGCCAGACCACCUACAGUGGACUGCUCGAUGCUGCCCGGAAAAUCUACAAGGAGGAAGGGUUCAGCGCCCUCUGGAAGGGAACUACAGCACGUGUGAUGAGGUCCUCCCCGCAAUUCGGUGUGACUCUUGUCACCUAUGAACUUCUACAGAGAUAUUUAUAUGUCGACUUUGGAGGAACGCGACCUACUGGUUCCGAAUCGAAGCAAGUGUCGACCAUAGGAGACGUGCAAAAACCUCACAACGCCGAUCACAUAGGAGGCUAUUCGGUGUCCCUUCCGAUUUUCUCGGGGAUCGAAUCCAAGUUCGGACUUUGUUUACCUAAGUACAGUGUCACAAGCAAAUCGUAAUUAUUCCCGUCUGAUUGCUGAUAGUCCAAUUGACGUUUCCGAAAUUCACAUUUUUGGCUAAAACGAACCAUGUUGAAAUUAAUGAAAGUUUUAUUAUAUUGUACAUAACCAAGUAGGCUAGAGAGAGUAUUCAUACCAUAUUUUUAUCUAUUUGUUCGGGAACUGUGAUAACUCUGUUUUUUUCAAGUUUUAUUAUGCAUUUUUUGCGUGUGAUCAGGUCAGAUUCUACGAUUAUUGAUUUAUACAGUGAAAUGUAGUGUUUAUUUGAUUAUAUUUGAUAUUUGAUGCUUGUGCAACACUGCAUUGUUAUCUUAUUCUAAACAAUUAAAUAAAGUUUAUACACC